AGGUAAGGAAUAAAAAAAGUAAAAAUAGCUUCAAAAUCGGUCUGUUUGUUUCCUACAAUGGAAAAGCUACUUUGAUUUACAGUGAUAUUGUAUAAAUAUCUUUAAUUAUUCCACAUUUAAAAAGUGCUGUAUCCAAACAUGCAAACAGGUGUGUUCACUAUUGUUUUUUUGUUCAACUUACAGACUGAGGCACUGGACAAUGACAUCGGCUGUUCUUCGAAUCAUUUUGGGGGAGAGCAGCUGCCAGAGAGUGGUUUUUCCAUCUGGCUUGCCUGAGUCUGUGACUGAACUAGAAGAUGCUGUGAGGAGUCAAUGUAAGCUACAGGACCCCUUUCGUCUGCAGUUUAUGGACACUCUUUUUGAUAACCAGUUUAUGAAUUUGACUUCAAUGAAUGAAAUUAAGGACAAAGCCACAAUAAAAAUAAUAAACAUUACUGACUCCCUCUCACCACUGAAUGCUACUUCAGCUGGCACAAUGAACAGUUCAACCUUUGCCCCAGGACAUUCCGAAGUCUCUGCAUCCAUUUCUUCUCUCUCCUCUACCAGACGAUCUUCUUGGCCUGAAACAUUCUGCAUUCCACCAUUUUCAUAUGAUGCAGAAUUUAAGCUUGAACAGGCAAACAGUGUCUUCAGAGAAAAUGGAACACUGCUUAUUCCUGAUAUCAAGCUGAAGUCAGAUAUACUUGAGGGGUUGGUCCAAAAAAUUGUUCAAUACAAGGUCUAUGUGACGGACAGAGAGUUUGAACAAGUGGGAGAGGCACUCAUCAAGAAGCAUCCAUGUUUAACAGAAAGGGGCUCAGACACUGGGUAUGGGGGUUGGAAAGUGAGCCUCAAGUACAAAUUAUCUAACUAUCGCACACAUCUCCGAAAACUUGGAUGUCCUGAAGUUACUGUAAAUUCUUUAAAGCAUAAGCCAGAUGGGAAAAAAAGCCCUGCCUACAAUGUAAAGAAGCCCAAGAGAGGUGAAGUGCACUACUGCCCCUCCUAUUCCCCUGGAGAGAACGACCAUACUCUGGAGAUUGCAAGAGUUGAGCUUCUUUCAGAUGUGAAAAAAAACAACAACCGAGAGACUAUUAAAACUAAAAUGCAGAGAACAUUUGCACUCAGGAGACAAGAAGUGCUUCGUUGUGCCCCUAUGAUCGGGGACUUCAUGAUGAGAUGGCCAGCUCUCUUUGAUGUCACUGAGGUGAAUGCAGAGUUCAAGCGAAUCACAACAGUUCCUCUACAGUCAAAAUUUCUGUCACAGCUUGACCUUCACUAUGAAGGCUUUCUGAAGGUUUUUGAAAGGCGACCAGGGCAACAAGGCAGAAAGCUGAAAGAGAUGAUGUCAACUGUAGUUGAAGAUGACAUUGAUGCAGCUCGUGAACUUGCCAUCAGAGGACUGUGUAUCUAUCUUAAUGAGGACCCUAAAGAUCUCAUUCAGGAGUAUGUGGACAUGGAAGAAGAUCUUCUACAGAGUGCGUUUGAGAAGACUACCAUGGGCAUCUUCGUGAUGAAGCACACUGCAGACAAUGAAGCCCAUAAUGUAGCAAUUGUGCUAGAGGGUGUGGCAGUGCUUCAGGACCUCGACAGCGUGGCUUUUGCAACUUCAAUGUUGUUUGGUCUAAUCUAUACUCUUAACCUGCAGUACCCCACAAAGUUGCGUUUUACAUUUGAAAUUUUGCAGAAACUCAUCAUGGAGUUGGAUGCAGACUAUGAUAAAGGUCUCCAGGGUGUUCGUUUUGACCUCAACAGACUGAACAGAAGAAACGAACAAGAGAAGAUUUCCACGUCGAAGAAGGCGGAGCUCCGGAGCCACACCUACCUAUUAGUUAAUCGUCACAAACCACUGGUAGACUGA